AUGAAUAAAUUUCGUCCAUUUAUCUCGGGAACAAAGAGUGAUGAUGUUCCAGAUUGUUACAAUCGAGUUCGAUAUAUUCGAGAUGCUUGUAAAAUUUUAUCUGAUGUUUAUAAAACAGAUAAAGAUUUUUUAAAUAAAAGUUUUGAUAAUGAAAUUUCCAAAUCAUUUAAAGAUUUUCGUUCAAGUGAAGUUGGAAAAAAUUAUCGUUCUCCUUAUGGUUCAAAUGGUGCUCCAUCAAUUUUAAAUCGAACUAUUGAUGAAUUAGUUCAAAUUCAUGAUUUUAUCGAUUCAAAACGAAAAGAAUCUCUUGAACAAAUAAAAAAAAUCAUCGAACAAGCAAAAGAUAAACAAUCAAAUAUUCGUCAAACAAUGACUGAAGUGAAAGAAAAUUAUGAAAAAGCUCAAAGACGUUUAGAAACCGCCGAUACGAAUUUAAAAAAAUUUCAAACUCGAUCUGAUCGUUAUCAAUUAGCAAAUUAUGAUGAACGUUCUACUGAAUUAGAAGAUAUUCGAAAUGAAUGUGAACAAACACGAACAUUAACACGUGAUAUUUAUGUUACUGAAAUUUAUAAAAUUGCAAGUGAAGAACAUUUCAUUACUCAAAAUCUAUUUUCUCAAUAUUUAUUCGAACAAAAUCAUUUUUAUAAUGAAAUUUGUAAACAUUUAUCAUCAAGAAUUCCAAUAAUUGAACAAAGAUUAGAAGAUGAUGAUUUAACUCCAUCAUUUCAUUUAGAUUUAAUAAAACAUUGUUCAAAACGUUGUGAUACAAUUAUUGCUUAUCCAAUUGAAAUUUCCAUUCGUUUAUUAGAAAAUUCUCUUCGUGAAGAAGGUCUUUUUCGUAUUGCACCUGCACAUAAUAAACAAAAGAAAUUUGUUUCGGAACUUGAUUUACAAUUAAUUGAACGAAGUUCAACUUUAAAUGAACUUGGUUAUGAUCCACAUGUUCCUGCAAAUACUUUAAAACAAUAUUUAAGAGGACUUCCUAAUUGUUUACUUACAUCAACACUUUUUGAACAAUGGAAUCAAAUUCCACAAUUAAAUAAUGAACAAUUACGUCUUGAAAGAAUUUCUCAAUUAUUAAAACAAUUACCGAAAAUUCAUUAUGAAAAUCUCAAUUAUUUAGUUCGUUUUUUAACACGUGUUGCAGAAUAUUCAUCAGAAAAUAAAAUGAAUGCAGCUAAUUUAGAACAAAUCAAUAAAUCAACAUUGAAAUCUCAACCUGAUCUCAUUCCAAUGGAAUUUCAUUCGAAAAAUCGAAGUAAUUCAAAUGAAAAUUUAUUAGAAAAUUCUAUUUUAUCUGUUCAACCAUCACCUGGAACACGUCGAAAGAAUAAAGCUCCACCACCUCCUCCUUCUUCUUCAGCUCAACAAAUUUAUCAAGAAGAAACUUAUUCGGAACAAAUUAUUAAUCCAAAUCCUUCAGUUGUAAGUUCAUCAAGUUUCACUUCGAAUGAUAAAGUUCAUCGACGAACUCCAAGUGAUGGAAUUCAAUUAGAUCGUCCGAAUGCUCCACCACCAUUACCACCACCUGUUGUUGUUGUUGCUUCACCUGUCAUUCGAUCAAAAGAAAGACUUUCAAUUCCAUUACAAACGAGUAGUAAUUAUUCAACUAAUGAACAAACAACAUGUAAUGAAGACAAAUCAAAUGAAAAUGAUACAGUUAAUGUUGGAAAAUUAAUUUCCGAAUUAAAUAAUCGAAUGGCUGCAGCAAAGUUAAAUAAUAAUAAUAAUACUCAAACAAAUAAUAUUCGUGUUUCAUCUAUUCGAAAUAGCACUUUGAAUUCACCUGGAGAAACAACGGAUUUCUAG